GGUUGUAACAUCAGCGGGUUAUACAGAGGGCAUUGUGAUUGUCUUGUAAAACACUAAAAGAGGAAGCAGUAAUAAUUCUCUGGAAUCAAGUGAGAAGUGUUUCAUGCUUUGGCUGAAAACUUUAAAUACAGAAGCGAUUUUCUCAUAGCAGUCAUUAAAGUCAUUCCAGUGAGAAUGCUGCUGGGGUUUUAUCUUCUCCUCGGUGUGCUUCAUGUCACUAAAGUAAAGUAAAGGCAUGUGACAAGCAGGGAAAAAAAAAAGUCACGUCAGCAUCUGACAACACAACGCAGAACUCGGAACGGCCUACAAACAUGGCCAACGAGAACUACAACACCCAGACUCUUUCAUGCUCACACUCACCAUGUUACUGAUCACACACACCUGGACUCUCAUAGUGUUGCUCUCUAACAGACAAUAAAAAAACAUCAAAAGUUACUGCACAUGUAGGAGACACAGUACUGCUGCCCUGCUCUUGCGCUGCACAACAGAGCCCAGCUAGUAUGCCAACAUGGAGGAAAAUUAACAAGCUCACCAAGGACUGGGAUUCUGUAACACUUAACCAAAAGAGAUUUCAGCUCAGUAAUGUUCAGGUUCCAGGAAAUCUGUCUCUACUCAUAUCACACCUGACUGUCGAGGAUGAUGGACUGUACAGGUGUCAAAUUAGAAGGGAUUACUACACAGACAUCAACCUCAGCGUUCAAGAGGGAAGCAUUAGAAAGCCGCCUGACACGAUGAGCAUGGCUUUCCUCUCCUUCAUUCCUGUUGUGCUGCUGUUGCUGGGACUCGGAGGAGUCAUUUUUUGGAGAUGCAGAGCGAGGAAACGAGAGCAGACACCAAGCAGUGAAGGACUGACAGGACAGAAGAACGAUGAGGAAACAGAGGGGAAAGAGCAGGAAACACAGGAUGACGUCACGUACACCACUGUGGUCCCAACUGACACAGCUCAAAGACCCAAAGUGGUCAGCCCUGAGGAGAGGACAGAAUACGCCGUCAUCAAAUUAAAUCAAUAAUCACAUACAAAAAAAAGUUACACGUGACUUCAUAAACUUUUCCACAACAAAUCUGCCAGCUUUCCUUUUCCUCAGCUUGUCUAACAUAAUAAAAACACACGUCAUAUAAUAAAGAAUUGCGUGCGGUGAAUUACAUUGAACACCAGAAUUACCAUACACACGUUGUAGAUUUUAUAGUAAGCUGUUAAUGUUAAAGUGGGGGAAAGUGAUGUAAAAUCUUACACACGAUACUGUUUCAUAACUCAUAUGUGAUAAGAUAUUUUUAGCGAUGAUCUAAGAUGUGGCUAAAGUCAUGUGGAUGUUCUGACAUCAGGAGAGAUGUGAGUAAACUGCCGAACAUGUGUUUAGUGUUAGUUCAUGGUUUUACUUCUCGUAUUUGAACCAGUGUUAGACUCAGCAGAAACGCUUUGAGUUGUGUACAGUAAUAUAUGACUAAUCCAAGUGUGGGGAAAAGGAAAGGAAACCAUUUCCUUUUUUGUAUAUGACUUAUCGUAUAUUUAUAGUAUAUAGCAUAGAAAAGCGUGAAAAUGCUUAAGAAAAUGUACGGCAAGCGCGUUUACA